AUGUUUGUCGAAAUUCUCACUCUGUUAGCACUUUAUUUGGCAGUAUACAUCGCUUCUACGAUAUGGCAAAACCGCCAUCUUCCACCGGGUCCUUUUCCGUUUCCAGUGCUGGGAAACUUGCUCUCGAUAAGCCAAGAUCAGCCUUAUCGUGAUUUCGCGAACAUGGCGAAAAAGUACGGAAAACUUUUUCGAAUCCAGAUGGGCAGUAAGAAAGCGGUCGUCAUUAACAGCUAUGAAAUUGCCAGAGAAGCGCUUUUGACGAAAGCAAAAGACUUCUCUGCGCGACCGCCGCAUUUUUUGGGAAGCAUUUUCGGCCGAAACGGCUCCGGCAUCGCGUUUGAUACUUUCUCCGAGCGAUGGAAAAUACAACAGAAGAUGUUAACUGCAGCUUUCCGCUCAACGGAAGACAAAGCCAACAUGUCGUUGCAUAUUGAAGAACUAUGCCAGCUGUUUCUUUCAUCGCACGCUGAACCAUUUUGUCCAAGAGAUAACGUUUACAAGUCAUUUGGAAACUGUCUGUCUUCCAUGAUCUUUGGACAAGAAUGUAAACUUGAUGACCGCGAGGUUGACACUCUAAUCGACGCUGUACACGUCUUUCGAAUGUCGUUAGGAGCAGCUAAUGCAAUUGAUACGUUUCCCUUUUUAAAAUACAUUCCCUUUGAGAUCAUAAAACGAGCAAGGCGAGUAGGAGAAAAUAGAGACGAAAUUUUCAACAGAAGAUUCCGACAGCAUGUCUCAACGUUCGAAAAAGGCAACAUUCGGUCUACGAUUGACGCUAUGUUGAAAGACUUUUGGAGUAAUGGUUGCAAUUUACUAACGGAAGAGAAUUUGAUUUCAAGGUGAGGAGGUGCUAUUACAACUGUGCUUAAGUUGGGCCCUGUUCCUCGAAAGUUUAACUCAGGGUUAAAUCAAAUUUUAGUUUUCUUGGCUAGGACCACUUUAGACUGCACAACAGUCGGUUUUUUUCUCAAAAUCAGUAAAAAAAAAAAGGCAAAGAGAGGCGUAAGAGUCUUAGGCGCGCGAAGCACGCGAGCCUCACACACCCGUAGGGGCGUGUCAGGCGAGAGAAAAAAAAACGACUGUCCGUUUUCAUAGAAUGAGUUCGUUCCGACCAGGGGGUUCAAAAAUGUCGUCGAGCUGUCAAAAAUCUGUUCACAACUCCACCCUCUUUGAGAAUUUGAUUCACUCGGUGAUUGAUUGCGGGGGAGAAUAGCGCGUGUUAUUGUCUGCACUUGGCUUCGAAUCUUGACGCUAUAUCCAGUAAUUCAAAAGAAAUUUUUAGCAUUGCUUCUCUGUGAAAUGUAGUGUAUAUGGUGAAAUGUAGUAUAUAUAGUCGAGGAUCAAAAAUGAGAGGAAGUGGCAGUACGCCAACAAAGCCGGUGCCUGCUCCUAGAAGACGGAAGAGGGAGUAAGCCGAAAGAGCGGCGCUUCGGAUAAAUUGUAGAAUUUCAAAACACAGUUCGGCAAUUUUUAAAAGGGUGGAUGGAUAAGCUCGAAAAAUGUGUUUAUUGUGCCUACCAGGAGAAACGUUACCAAAGUUGGCCGACCUACUGAAAACGAACUUUUCGUUGUCCUCGAGGAGGGAGAAUAUUUCUCAGCUCCACAAGAGUUUGCUCUCCGUGGGGAACGAAGGUUAGAAACUGCGCUACGAUGCUUUCGCAAAUUAGAGAAAAACUGAACCCGCCAACUGACAGCGAAUAAUUAUUGCGAUUGAAAAGAAUGAGUAAAUCCCCUCAUUCCAAUCCACUUCUUCGUGGUUUGGUUAUGUUCAUCACUGUCCGUAAGUUAAACAUCCUGCUAAAAAUGUUAACGAGCUGAGCCCAGCGUGACAAAACAUUGGAGGAAAAAGUCACGUUCAUUGACACAAAGAAAAUCGCUUAGAAUUAUUCAAAUCCAGGAGGCGCUUUUUGGAGAAAUUAAACCACAGGUCACUCAGGCUCACUGUUUGUGUCACGUACGGGUUUCAUAACAUAAGUAAAUAUAGAGAACGUAUGAGGCGAAGUUUAGGUGUGGAAAUUUGCUAGAAAAUGGAAAUAAAAAUCGAUGAAACUUACUGUUGUUGACCUUAAUGUGUACACGAAGUUUCAGAAAAAAUAGUCUGCUUCACCGUUCCUUCGUGUACACAUUAACUUGACAACAACAACUCGCCACAUGACGAAAGAACAAAGCCGUUAAUUUUUAUGGCGUAUAUAAACCUUUCAACGGUUUCAACGAACUGGUAAUUCCACUGGUGAAGGCCCGGGGGGGGUACUUUAGGAAUUUCUGGGUGGGGAUGUGCCGCUGGGACCCUGGAACCCUUAACCUAUACCAGAGUUAGUUCAGCUGAAUUUUGCUACCCUAUACUAGAGUAAACUCCCAAAUCCCCCCUAUCCUAGAGUAGCUGUUUCCCUAGUCUAGAUAAAAUCUUCAACCAACUGAUUAGUUUCCUGAAAAAUAGUACCCUAUUCUAGACCCAAACGCUCUGAUUUAUAUACCCUAUCCUAGAGUAAACUGCUUGAAAACCAUACCCUUCACAGCGGCACAUACCUAUAUAGCCCAUAUAUGGCAGUGCCCCCCCCCCGGGGGUGAAGGGCCAGGCCCGAAACGUUUGGAGAGGAGAUCUUCAACCUAAACACGGCACUUUUGUUCAUGAUUUAUUUAUUACUUUAAUGAACAUUUUUGUUACUCGCCACAAGGUAAGUUUGAUCGAUUUUUAUUUCCAUUUUCUAGCAAAUUUCCAGACCUAAACUCCGCCCCAUAUGUUCUCUAUAUCUACUCAUGUUAUGAAACCCGUACGUGACACAAACAGUGAGCCUGGGUGACCUGUGAUUAAACAACCCAAAACCCUUAAUCAGCCGCAAGGAAGAGCUUAGGGUGUGUUCCUUUCGGCGAAUCCAAAAACGGAUUUUUGAUCCUAGAUUUGCCAGAUUUCUCGGUCGAAAGGAACGUGAAAUCCGAAAAUGGAUUUGUAACCUUGGUAACCUUUCGCCAACGCGUGCAAUAUGCACGACAGCCUCUCAAAAAAUGACGUGUUUUCUACUGUUUGACAAAUUAUGCGAUUAUACCGUGCAGAAUUUAGUGGUCGGCAGUUCGAAUAGCGACGAUGGAACAUAUAAAACAGACAAAGAAAGAAGCAUUAAAAUUGAAAAUUAUCUAAAGGAUGUCGGCCAGUUUGAUCCAGUUCCAUAGCUCGGAUUUUUUUAUGUAGCACGAUCGAACGCCUGUCGCGUCUACAAGCGAGUUUGUAGUUAGAUAGCAGUUCAUUUGUUACUUUUACUUAUUUCUGAUUUCAAGCAAUCUUUAGAGACAAAUGGUUAGUAUAUGGAUAUUUUAAUGUACCAGGAACAAUCUUCUAAUGUUUUCAGAUGUUUUGCGGCAAAUGAAAGCAACGAGGAAACUCUACGGCCUCCGUGGGAAUACUUCAACUGAAAAUACCGCUGGAUCAUCUGACUAAUUUCGGAUCCACUGUGAAUGGAACGGCGUAGAUCACUAAUCCGUUAAUCUGGAUUUGGAUUCUUCGGAUUUCAAAUCCAGUGAAUCCUUUUUCAAAAAGGAUUCACCAGAUCAAAAAUCCGGAUUUGGAUUUGCCGAAAGGAACGCGAAAUCCGUUUUUAGAUCUAAAAUCCGUUUUUGGAUUCACCGAAAGGAACACACCCUAAGUUUCUAAUAAAGAGGCCAAAAAAGAAAAUGCUCUUCUAUCAGAGGGCAAAUCAUGCCGACCAGAGAAAAUCAAUAUGCGUGUCCGAGAUUUUACUUUCACGAUGUAUUAGGGCAGCUGAAAACUAAUUUUCAUACAGAUUUUCGCUUCAAAAGGAUUCUUGGUUUUGUGAUAGAGUACGCUUGAAUUUCUAAGCUUUUGCGUGAUGCAGCAUUUACAUGACGGCCAAGAGAGUGGUCAUGUAGAUUUUAAAAAAAAAACUUAUUUCAGGGAUUUUUGCUAUCUAAACAGUUUAUGUAUUAGAAAAUGUAUUACUUUAUUGUUUAUGAAUUCCUCGAAGAAUAAUUUCGCGUUUUGUAGCAAAACUCAGUAACAGAUGUUUCUGUUGGUUUCCGUCCGCCAUCUUGUCUCCAUACAAAUCUCUAUAAAUUUCGGUAAAAUAUUUCUUCGGAUAUCUCGUAUACGAAAUAUUCCUCUGACCUGAAUCUUGGCGAGGGUCUUUGCAUAUUUACCUCCUUUCAUUUCCCAGAUUCUGAACUUUAUCUAUUGAACGGUCUUCAUUUUUAUUUUCAUCUAUUUUGAAUGGCGUGACACUGAAAACCAACUUGCCUGCGUGCAGACGUCAAAUAUGUUCAGUAAACGGCCAAAAUUCACAUUUGCUCAAUCAAAACGUUUCCCUCCAAAGCAUAAUCUACACGACAGAGAAAACAAUUCAUCAGAACAAGAAGUAUUUUGGCAUGAGGUAAAAGUCUUGUCUUGUCCUUCGAUCUCCCUUUUUUACACAGGCGAGGUAACAAUGAAGGUCGGCCGUUGCACGGAACUUGAAGAACUUUUUGCAAGAGCAAACAUCUGUUAAAUAGGGCUUUUGCCAAAUCCUGUAGGUAGGACACAGAAAACAUCCUUUCCCCCGAGCAGCAACUCCAAAGCUUCCCUCUGCUCCGAUUUUAAAACAAAUCCCAAUCCUUGCGCGCGCAAAUCCAGGUGAUCAACAUCUAGCCUGUUCCAGGCUCUCAGAUAGUGGGGAAGACGCGAAAGUAAAAGGAAGGCAAGGAGCCUGGAACAGGCUAAUCAACAUCCGUCAUUUCGCGAAAGCUUUAGGAAUCUAUACAUCACUGUACCGUCACGGGAUAUUGUGAAUGACUUGUUGAAAACAUUACUUUACAGUUUGUUGACAGCUUACAUCGAAAUUUAGCCAAUGGGAAUUGCCCGUGGCUGGGAGAAGCGGGUAAUUCGAACGAAUAUAACGUAUGCAAAACGGACAGUCCGUAUUUUUAGCGCCUCUCCCCUGUCUCUCUCACUGUUUUCAGCCUCUUUCCAGACCUUUUGUUUGACUGCUCGCGCGUACUUGAAUACGCAAAAAUACGGACUGUUUUGCUGUUUAGGACCACUUAACACAAAACGAUAUUCUCAAGCAAUGUUUAGGGAGGCAAUUAAAUACCUUCACGGCUAAUCCCAUGGGCUUUAGUCUGCUACACAGCCGUUUUUAGUGUCGUCACGCAACGCUCCUCCCGUUGCGUGACGACACUAAAAACGGCUGUGUAGCAGACUAUAUGGGCUUAUGCUUAUCCUUAUUCUGGAACCGGGUCUUGGGCCAAAAAUAUCUACCAAGGGCAAAACAUGUUUAAGUUCCUUUAAAGCCUGAUAAAAAAAACAACAACAACAACAACAACAAAAACAGUGACGUUUGUCUGAACAAGGGCUUUUUUCGAUUUGCAUUAUCUGCACUCUUUUCCGGGAUAUUCAAGUUUCUGUAUUAUGCAAAUUAGGUAAGUUAGGACGUCAUCAAUCCCCUGAAGAAGAACGGCUUGUCCGUCCGAAGCGUCAAGUCGCUUUUGUCGUUGCUGUUUUGUUAUUAAUGUUUAAUUUUAUUCACAGUCUCUGUUUUUUUCGUGUGAUUGUCGAGGCUGAUGACCAACUCGCUCUUAGUGACUUAUAGGCUUCGGUGGCGUUUGAAACGGUGGGGGAAGAUCUUAAUUUUUCCCGCCCUCCAGCCCAGCCAUAUCACUGGAAAUUUGGGGGAUGGGUUAGGGUUUUCCUCAAGUUGCUCGAAAUUUCAAAAAAAAAAACCGUAAUUUCUCAAAAAGUUGCUCAAAACUUGCUUUUUGUAAAAAAAAAACAAAAACAAAAACAAAACAGAACAAAAACUUUUUUUUGUUGUUCUCCUUAGUUUAUUCGGUCUGAUGCAAAAAUAUGCAAAUUUAACAACACAAGUAGAAUUUCCAAGCACCUUGUGCCAUUUUGCGGCGUAACCAGCGUUACUAAAUAACUUUGUCCUCAAUUAAAACCAAAAAAAUGCAUGAGUAAAGACUACGCAUCAACAUUAAUAUUUAUCGUGUAAAAAUUCUAGUAUGAGCCAAUAAAAUUAUCAAGACUUCUAACCAUUUUCUUCCGCCAUUUUGAAUUUUCUUUAAAAGCCCGCUGACCUAGCAGCCCGGCUGCAUGCAUCUUAAGACCAUUAUCUGCGACAGGGGGGGAGGAUCUGGCUCCUUUCUCACAGGAAAUUCAUAAAUUGUCCACUACAACAUUGUGAAAUAUAGAAGCAAGGCCAAGUUAAGCACUAAAAGUUGCUCCGAUAAUUUUAUAGAAUUGGUAGAAAACUAGAAUUUGCUCAGAAUGCAAAAAGUUGCUCGAAAUACGAGAAGUUGCCUAAAAGUUGCCGAGCAACUUGUGAAAAGCCCCAAGAGGCGGGGUGGGGGGGACUUCCUUGGGUAUGUGCAGCUAAACAGGGUAUGGUUUUCAGGGUCUUCAGACUUGAGUCUUGAAAAGGGUAUACAACAGGAUGCGGGAGUUUUUUUGCACUGGAAACCUUUAAGGAUGUGAAGGUUGGCGAUGAGCCAACACCAUGCCCCCUCGGGUAAUUUGUACUCUCCCCAGUCUUCCCUCACUACAAGAAACAAGAAAUCUCUUAAUAGCUUUAAGUCCGGGAAGUGUAGAACUAAGUAAAGAAUGACAAAGGGUUCAUGACUGGGGGAAAGUGAGACAAUAUCCUUACUUCGUCGGACUUUUCCACACUUCCAGACGUCUGAGAAGUGUAGAACUAAGUAAAAAAUGACAAAGGGUUCAUGACUGGGGAAAAGUGCGACAAUAUCCUUACUUUGUCGGACUAUUCCACACUUCCACACCUCUGAGAAGUGUGGAACUAAGUAAAGAAUGACAAAGGGUUCAUGACUGGGGGAAAGUGCGACAAUAUCCUUACUUUGUCGGACUUUUCCGCACUUCCAGACGUCUGAGAAGUGUGGAACUAAGUAAAGAAUGACAAAGGGUUCAUGACUGGGGGAAAGUGGGACAAUAUCCUUACUUUGUCGGACUAUUCCACACUUCCACACCUCUGCGAAGUGUAGAACUAAGUAAAGAAUGGCAAGGGGUUCUUAACAGGGGGAAAAGUGUGACAUUAUCCUGACUUUGUCAGACUUUUCCACACUUCCACACCUCUGAGAAGUGUAGAACUAAGUAAAGAAUGACAAGGGGUUCUUAACAGGGGGGAAAGUGUGACAUUAUCCUGACUUUGUCAGACUUUCCUACACUUCCACACCUCUGAGAAGUGUAGAACUAAGUAAAGAAUGGCAAGGGGUUCUUAACAGGGGGAAAAGUGUGACAUUAUCCUGACUUUGUCAGACUUUUCCACACUUCCACACCUCUGAGAAGUGUGGAACUAAGGAUGAAAAAGGAAAGUAGGGAUCUUGUGGCCAGCACUGGACAUUUGUGGGAGAUUAGAAAAGAAAUGAGGAGGCGAUUAAUUAUGUGGGCAGCGCCCAAAUAGAGUAAUCGAGAUCGCUUGUUUUGAUCUAAAGAUGCUAAAGGUACGCAAUAGGUGCGAAUGUAAACAAGCUAAGUAAACAAGCCAAGCGACUCGAAAGUCUGCCGCGCAAAAUUUCACGACACAGCAAGUUAAUAAAUUGGUGAGCAACAUGGUCAGCAAAGAUAGAUCUUUGGUCCAGCGAGUAAUAAACGCAGGUCGACUACAAAUUCCCUUCUUUUUUUUUUACUUUUAGCGCCUCGGAGCUGUUUGUAGCUGGCACAGGAACGCUCUCAGUUGUGAUCAUUUGGUGCCUUUAUUACGUCACCAAACACCCGGAUGUACAGGCCAGGUUACAUUGCGAGCUAGAUGAAGUCAUUGGCAAAAAUGCACGACUUCCAGAGUUCUCAGACCGACCUAACUUGCCAUACUUGGAGGCGUUUAUUGCUGAACUACAUCGUUCUGCAAGUGAGAAUCCUUUGGCGAUUCCUCAUUCGACAACGCGGGAUACAACCCUUGCGGGAUUCUUUAUCCCUCGGGAUACCACAGUGUUUGUUAAUCUCUGGGGAAUUCACCACGAUCCUGAUUACUGGCGGGAGCCAUUUAGUUUUCGGCCGGACCGAUUCGUGGAUGAACAGGGGCGACUGCAUGUGGAAGGAAUCAUGCCUUUCUCGACAGGAACACGUUCGUGUCUCGCAGAAAAGUUUUCCAAAAGAGUGGUUUUCUUGUUCGUUGCGCGAUUGCUGCAUAGAUUUAGAUUUGAGUGUUCGCAUAGUGAAAUCCUGCCCGAUGAGGAAAACCUGAGUGAUUACGGGAUUUUACUUGAUUGUAAGCCGUUUAGGAUAAAAGCAAUAGACAGAAGAGUUACUAGUUAA